CCACAGCUGCUGCGCUUCAAUUAGUUCAAAUUAACUGUGUAACAUUUCACCCACUCGAUGUGUUUUAAGCAUUGAUGUGAUGGGAGUGAUCGAGCCCGAAAGCAGGGAUCACAAACACAGGCGAGGCGGGUGGCAGCUCCCUCACUCGAACUGAGUGCAGAGUAAUCUCAGCGACGUCAGCAUUCUCGCUGGCGAUUCUAAUCUAAAUCCAGAUUCAAAAUGAUGCAUUCUUGACGAACCUCCAAUUUGAUUAUGUGUUGCACCUCUUCAUUCCGUCAUCAUGCUACUGGUGCCAAAUAUGGAAUUUAGUCUAAAAAUGUAUUGAUUCCAGACAGCUUUACUCAAUUUGCCUUCAUUCGCUCGUUCCGCCUUUUCACUUUGUUUUUGUUUUGUAAACAUUGCGGUGCACCAUUUAAACUUCUAUAAAAUUAAUUUCUAUACGUAAAUAUCGCAUUGUUUGCAAUGUCUUUCUUACUUUGGGAGAACUAGUUGGUGACGUUCACUCAACUAUUGUGUUGGAAGCCGUUAAGCUUCACACGAUUAUAAAGUUAGUUCAUCUUGUUCACUUGAAAACAAGACCUUACACCGAUUAUUCACUGCACGUGCAAUCUUGCAACAGAUGGCGUUCCUCUGGCGUUCGCUGCGGGUGUGCCAAUAUCAUUCCAGAGUGCUUCGAAGAAGGGCCAUUGCCCAAAACGUCGCAUAUUAUACAUGUCAAGGAAGUGUUAUUGACGACGGUGGAGGGUUUUCUUCGUCGCAGAGGUUAAAGGUGGAAGGUUUAAGGCGGAGCCAUCGCGGAGGGCAGGGGUGGUCGGUGACGUCGCCACGCUUCGGGUAUAAAGGCGGCUGCUGCUGCAAGCUGAGCGCGCAGUCUCUCGCGAGGAGCUUUGUCACAAGUAGUCGCAAUGUCUGGACGCGGUAAAGGCGGUAAGGGGCUCGGCAAGGGAGGCGCAAAACGCCAUCGCAAGGUGCUGCGCGACAACAUCCAGGGCAUCACCAAGCCCGCCAUCCGCCGCCUCGCUCGCCGCGGCGGUGUGAAGCGCAUCUCGGGCCUCAUCUACGAGGAGACCCGCGGCGUCCUGAAGGUCUUCCUUGAGAACGUCAUCCGCGACGCCGUCACCUACACGGAGCACGCCAAGCGCAAGACCGUCACCGCCAUGGACGUGGUCUACGCCCUCAAGCGCCAGGGCCGCACUCUCUACGGCUUCGGAGGCUGAGCGCCCAUCUCUCGCACACUAAGCCAACCCAAAGGCUCUUUUCAGAGCCACC